ACACGAUUAAAUAAAUGCCUAAAAAGAUUUUUUUUUACUCUAUUUUCUACUUUUAUUUAUUUAUUACUUUACUGUUUAUUAAUGAUUUUUGUCAUUUGCAUUUGCUCAUCUCUUUUUUAUUCUCUUUUCCUCUUUUAACAGCCUUCUGAAAAAGCAACCAAAAACAGCGGAAACAGAGCAACACAUAAAGAAAGUAAAGCAGAGUUGCACUUGAGAACGAUUUUCAGCAAUGGGUUAGACUGGCAAAAGAAUACCCAAGCUGCUUCUACUCUUUUUUUUUUGUUCAAUAUCAGCUUCUUAUAAUCAAAACCCAGAAACCAUACUUUUUUUUUAGUUUAUAGUAACUUGAGGCAGUUUCGGAGACAACAGUUACCAGUUGCUAGUUGCUUUGUUACAUAAAGAUUUGGACCAUUGGAUUAUCUUGACCGACCAGGAAUUAAGCACAAGGACUGAGAGAUUUCAAGACUUCAUGUUGUUUCUCAAAGUCUCAACGUUAAAAGUGGCUUGUUUUUAGUAUUAAAAACUGGUUCCGGGCUGAUACAUCGCCUCAUAUUCGUAAUUAAGAACUGUAACCGGUAGUCUGAGUCGUUGUUGGGAAGUGGUGGGGUUGGGGACUGAAGUCAUGGCAACUGUGAUGCAUUCCGAUUCUAAAGGCAUGUACUCAUGGUGGUGGAACAGUCACAUAAGCCCCAAAAAUUCAAAAUGGCUCCAGGAGAAUCUCACAGAUAUGGAUACUAAAGUCAAGCAAAUGAUCAAGCUCAUUGAAGAAGAUGCUGAUUCCUUUGCUAGGCGAGCAGAGAUGUAUUACAAGAAACGUCCAGAGUUAAUGAAAUUGGUAGAAGAGUUUUAUCGAGCAUACCGUGCAAUGGCUGAAAGAUAUGAUCAUGCAACUGGGGUGCUUCGUCAGGCUCAUCGGACCAUGGCAGAAGCAUUUCCAAACCAGGUUCCCCUGGUUUUUGGCGAUGAAUCACCGGGAGGUUCAGCUACAGAGGUUGGUCCCUGUUCACCUGAGAUGCCACCACAUUUACGUGCAUUAUCGGAGCCCGAUGAGCUGCAGAAGGAUGCUGUGGGACUCUCUUCAUAUGCUAUCAAGAGGAAUGGAGAAUUUUCAGAAGAAUCUGAAUCUGCAAUGAGCAGGAAGGGUCAUAAACAGUUCAAUGAUAUGUUUGGUUCUGAUGAAGCUACAAACCAUGUCAAGUUCGCUGAAGGAAGAGCAAGAAAAAGCCUCAACUUUCACGAUACAGAGGAGAAAGACCAAAGUCUGCAGAACAACGGGGGGCCUGAUCUCAUUGUUCAAGUCCCAUCUGAGUCCGAACGAGUGAGUAAAGCUGAGAUGGAAAUUUUAAACUUGAAGUAUGCUCUUGCCAAAUUAGAAGCUGAAAAAGAAGCUGGCCUACUUGAGUACCGGCAGAGUUUGGAGAGAUUGUCUAAUCUAGAACAAGAAGUCUCUCGUGCACAAGAAGAUUCUUUGGGGCUUAAUGAACGAGCAAGUCAAGCUGAAGCUGAAGUUCUGACUUUGAAGGAUUCCCUCACCAAAUUAGAGGCUGAAAGGGAAGCUAAUCUUGUUCGAUAUCAGCAGUGCUUGGAGAAGAUAAAUAAUCUUGAGAAUAGUAUAUCUCAAGCACAAAAGAAUGCUGGAGAACUGAAUGAGCGAGCUAGUAAAGCUGAAAUUGAAGCCCAAGCUUUGAAGCAGGACCUCACCAAAGUAGAAGCUGAAAAGAAGGAUGCUCUUGCUCAAUACAAGCAGUGUUUAGAAACAAUAAGCAACCUGGAACAAACAUUAUUGAAUGCUGAAGAGAGUGCUAGAAGGAUGACUGAACGAGCAGAGAAAGCAGAAACUGAACUUGAAACUCUAAAACUAGUAGUUGUUGAGCUGACCAAAGAUAAGGAAGCAGCUGUUCUUCAGUACCAGCAGUGCUUAGAGACAAUUUCUAGCCUGGCAAACAAACUUGAUCAUGCCCAGGAGGAGGCACAAAGGCUUAACCAUGAGAAAGAUGAAGGGGCUGCAAAGUUAAAAGGUGCUGAAGAAAGAUGUAGUAUGUUGGAGAGAGCUAAUCAGAAUCUGCAUACUGAAUUUGAGUCUUUGGUGCAGAAGAUGGGGGAUCAAAGUCAAGAAAUAACAGAGAAGCAGAAGGAAAUGGGGAGACUUUGGACCUCCAUACAAGAAGAACGUUUGAGAUUCAUGGAGGCUGAAACAGCAUUUCACACUUUGCAGCGUUUGCACUCUCAAUCUCAGGAAGAACUCAGAUCUCUAGCCACUGAGCUUCAGAAUAGGGCUCAAAAUGUACAGGACACUGAAACACGCAAUCAGGGUUUAGAGGCUGAACUACAGAGGGUCAAGGAUGAAAACAAAGGCCUGAAUGAACUAAAUUUAAGUUCAGCAAUGUCCAUUGAGAAUUUGCAAGUAGCGAUCUUAAGAUUAAGGGAGACUAUAGCCAAACUUGAAGCAGAAGUUGAACUUAGACUGGACCAAAGAAAUGCUCUUCAGCAAGAAAUUUACUGUUUGAAAGAGGAGCUCAAUGAAUUUAACAAGAGACACCAGGAUAUGACAGGGCAGCUGAAAUCAGUUGGCUUAACUCCAGAAAACUUUGCAUCAUCUGUGAAGGAAUUGCAAGAUGAGAACAGAAAGCUAAAAGAUGUCUGUGUAAGAGACAAAGAUGAAAAGCUGGCCCUACUCGAGAAGUUGAAAAUCAUGGAGAAAAUUAUUGAGAAAAAUACCCUUUUAGAGAAUUCACUCUCAGAUUUGAAUCUCGAGCUAGAAGGUGUUCGGGGGAGAGUAAAGACAUUGGAAGAAUCCUGUAACUCUCUUUUAGGAGAGAAAUCCACCCUUGCUGCAGAGAACAAUAUGCUUAUUUCUCAGUUACAGGUUGCAACUGAGAAUCUGGAGAAGCUUUUAAAGAAGAAUAACUUUCUGGAGAAUUCCCUUUUUGAUGCAAAUUCCAAACUUGAAGGAUUGAGGGUAAAAUUAAGUAACUUAGAAAAUUCAUGUUUGUUGCUUGGUGAUGAGAAGUCAGGCCUGAUAACACAGACAGAAGGUUUGAUUGCUCAGUUGGAUGUCAGUCAGAAAAGAUUUGAAGAUUUAGAAAAAAGAUAUUGCGGAUUAGAAGAAAAGUAUGUGAGUCUGGAGAAAGAGCGAGAAUUAACAUUUUGUGAAGUAGAAGAGCUACAAAAGUCACUAGAAGCUGAAAAGCAAGAACAUGCUAGCUUUGCACAGUCCCAAGUAACUGCUUUGGAAGCUCAAAUCCAUUUUCUACAAGUGGAAAGUCUAUGCAGGAAGAAAGAAUAUGAAGAGGAACUGGACAAGUCCGUGACUGCUCAGGUAGAAAUUUUCAUCCUGCAGAAAUGCGCACAGGAUCUGGAAGAAAAGAAUUUGUCCUUGUCACUUGAGUGCAGGAAACUCUCGGAAGCCUCCAUGUUAUCAGAAAAACUUAUCUCUGGAUUGGAGCUUGGAAAUUCCGAAAAGCAGAUGGACAUAAAAUCUUUAUUUGAUCAAAUUACCAUAUUGAGGAUGGGGCUUUAUGAGAUGUUGAGGACUCUUGAGAUUGAUGCUAUACAUGGUCAUGAUGAUACGAUCGAACAAGACCAAUCAGUUCUUAACUGUGUAUUUGGAAGACUCCGAGAGAAGCAGCAUUCAUUUCUAAAGUCUCUGGACGAAAAUCAACAAUUUUUUAUUGAGAAUUCAGUUCUUAUUGCAAUGCUUGGGCAACUGAAAUUAGAGGCAGAAGAUCUUGCUAAAGAGAAGAAUUCACUGCACCAGGAGUUGAAGGUUUGGUCUGAGCAAUUUUCAGAGCUUCAGAGAAGAGCUGAAAAACUUGUGGAUAUGAAUGAAGAACUGAAAUCAAAAGUGAUAGAGGGAGACCAAAGAGAAGAAGUUUUGCAGACUGAAAUAGGAAGUGUUCGUAGACAACUGUUAGUUUUGCAAAGGGAACAUCAGAGCUCAUUGGAGGACAACCGUAAGGUGGUAGAUGAGAGAAAGUCUUUGAUGAAGGAAGUUUUAGACUUGGGCAAGGAGAAACAUAAUCUAGAAGAGGAAAACUAUGCUGUCUUUGCUGAAGCAAUAUCUCAAAGUAACAUCACUCUUAUUUUCAAGGAUAUUAUUGCUGAUAAUUUUGAGGAAAUAAAGCAUCUCACUGACAAUCUAGAUAAACUCAAAUGCGCCAAUGAUGAUCUUGAUGGAAAACUGAGGAUAAUGGAGAGGAAGUUUGAAGAUAUGCAAAUGGAAAACUCACAUCUCAAAGAUUCAAUGAGAAACUUGGAGAAUGAACUGGUUUCAGUUAGAUCUGAUGGUGAUCGGUUAAAUGAUGAAGUUUCGAAGGGAAAGGAUUUGUUGGGCCAGAAAGAGAUUGUGCUUUUGGAAGCUGAACGAAUGCUCAGUGCAAGUCAAGAGGAGAGAGCCCAAUUGCAUGAAGUUAUAGAGGAGCUGAAGACUAAAUAUGAGGAGGUCAAGUUGAUAGGUGAAGAUCAAAAGAAGCAAAUUCUGAAACUAUCCGGAGAGUAUGAUCAUCAAAGUAAGGAAACUGAAAGCAUUCGUCAGGCUAAUCAGAAACUCGAGGUUGAAUUGUCCAGAUUGAAGGAGGAAGUUGAAGAAAGGAAAAACAGGGAGGAUAGUUUGAGUGUUGAGCUACAAAAGGGAAGAAGUGAGGUUGAACGAUGGGAAUGUCAGGCUGCUGCACUGAUGGGUGAGUUACAGAUGUCUGCAGUCCGUGCAGCAUUGCUUGAAGAGACAACUCAUGAGUUCAGCAAGGAAUGCGAAGCCCUUGAAAGUAGAAGUAUUUCCAAAGCUAUGGAGGUAGAAGAGCUGGAAAAAAGUGCUAGAAUCUUGGAACGUGAGAAUGGAGAACUUAAAGCUCAGUUAGCAGCAUAUAUUCCAGCUGUUGUUUCUCUCAUGGACAGUGUGACAUCGUUGGGGAGUCGAACUUGCUUGUCUCCAAAAUUUCCCACAGAUCAAAAUGACGAAGUAAAGGAUGCCGAUCUGACGACUGAAUUGCAUGCUGAAAACUGUCAACAAACAGGUGAAGAUCGAAUUGCAUCUGUUCCAGAUGGUUUUCCUGACUUGCAAGGUAUCCAUAGGAGAAUUAAAUCUAUUGAAAAAGCAGUGCUGGAAAUGCAAAAGCUUGCGUCGAUGGAAAACUUAAAUCUCAAUUCCAAACUAGAGACUGCUAUGAGACAGAUUGAAGAAUUAAGAUUUAGAAGCAACUCACGUCGAGAACGAGUUAGACCAAAGAGGCACGUAAAUGCUAGACAAGACGGGGGGAAACUUGGCCAUGGACUCGGUAGCAAUGUCAAAAUUCAGAGACCAACACCUGAAAUUUCUGAAGAGGACAAUGAGAUGAUGACAAAAGACAUUAUGCUUGAUCAGACAUCUGAGUGUUCAUCCUAUGGGUUAAGCAGGAGAGAAACUGCAGAUCUUGAUAAUCAGAUGCUUGAGUUGUGGGAAACAACUGACCAAGAUGUUAACAUCGCCUUGAAAGUUGGCAGGGCCCAGAAGGUGGUCAUUGCUCCAACUGGCAACCAACGAAUUGGUGCUGCAAGGGCACGCAAGGGCAAAAGUCUUUCUACAGAAUCUCUUGUGAAGGAGUUAGGUGUUGAUAGAGAGAGCUCUAAGAGAUUUACAGAGCCUUACCAAGAAGGAAGCAAGAGGAAGAUUAUAGAAAGACUUGAUUCUGAUGCACAAAAGUUGGCUAACCUUCAAAUAACUGUGCAGGAUCUGAAGAGGAAAGUGGAUAUAACCGAGGCAGGAAAAAUGGUGAUAGGAAUCGAAUAUGGUACAGUAAAACAGCAGCUAGAAGAAGCUGAGGAAGCCAUCAUGCAGCUAUUUGAUGUCAAUCGCAAACUGACGACACACGUUGAAGAUCGUUCUCGGUCUCUUGAUGGGAAACCUGCACUAGAAUCUGAUGAGAGUGGUUCCUUUAGGAGGCGGAGAGUAUCAGAACAAGUUCGAAGAGGGUCUGAAAAAAUAGUGCGGUUGCAAUUGGAGGUGCAGAAAAUACAGUUCAUGUUACUGAAACUUGACGAAAAAGAAAGCAAAGGACAAACCAGGAUCAUGGAGCGUAAAACAAGAGUUGUAUUGCGGGACUAUCUUUAUGGCGGGAUAAGAAAGAACCACAAGAGGAAGAAAGCAACCUUUUGUGCAUGUGCUAAACCCCCAACGAAAGGAGAUUGAGCCAAUUACUAAUCAGCGGCACAUAAUCAGUGCAGUUUUCUGGUAGUGAGAUUUUAGUUGCGUUGUCCAUAAAUCUGCCUUCCUAAGUUUUUGUUUCACAUAAUUAUUUUCUUUUAGAGGUCAUCUUCUUCUUUAGUUUAGACAUCCUGCUGUAUAUUUCAGGCACCAUCUAAUCUAAAGAAGCUGUAACUUUGUAGCCUAAAACUUCCCUUCUCUGUACGUUUAACUUGGCAUAAAUAUGGAUUUCGUUGGAAAUUAUUUUAUUCUUAGGUAAAUGAUUGCUGUUUCCCAUUGCUUUAA